AUGGCCUUCAUACCACUUUCGAAAGCCAAGACGGCACACGUCAACAUGAUGACAGACACCAUCAUAGCAAACCUUCCGGCGGACGCGCUUCGAAGCGUGAUCAGAGUCAUCUUGACAACGGAGCCAUCAGUCACAAGAAUUUUCGAGGAACAAACGCGAGUCUACCUCAGAAAAACCUCCAAUCAGCCCAUUGGUCCGCUGUUCCAAUCGACGGCCGAAGGGAUUGCCUCGACAUCGAACUUCACAGGAGCCCAGCAGCGCCUACGCUCCGCCAUAGGAUGUGGGCUAGUUCUCGAGAGCUUCCAAAUACUCAACAAGAUUGUAGAUGAAAUUGUCAACCUGGACGACGGACACACUGUGCCCCGGUCGACUAGAAUUGACUGCUGUCUUGCCUCUGUUGACGGCGAUAUCGUGCAGGCAUUGACUGCGCUCCAAAAGCGCUUGUUGUCCGAUAGUGGCAGUAGGGAUCUCAAUGAAGAGGAGAGGCCAGUGAUAGACUCUCUCUUCAGUUCAUUGCUACGGUGUCGCCAAAGAUGGCUUGCCUCCGCGCAGGACUUCCCCUUCGAACGAAGCACUGCAGUCUUUACGACUAUGCUUGGUCACGAGAGUGGUACACAGACAAUGACGUAUCAGAAAGGUUUCCGUCAAGGCCAGGUCACCGGACGGAAGACAUCAACCACCUUGGAGACUUUCAGAAUCGGCGACAUCGAGCUCCCUAAACUGUUCGCGGGUCUCUGGCAGUUAUCAAGUCCAUCAUGGGGCACUGCGUCUCAGACACAGAUGUUCGAGCAAUUCGUCGAAUACAUUGAAGGCGGCUUCGUUGCGUUCGACAUGGCCGACCAUUACGGCGACGCUGAGGUUAUCUUUGGUCGGCUGCGAUCCUCACUGUCUAACCCCAAUGCCGUCUUCGGUGCCACAAAGUACUGCGUAUUUCAAAAGAUCACCGUGACGCCUGCAAAUAUUCGCGCCAAUGUCACGGAGCGGUGCCAGCGUAUGAGCACCGACAAGGUCGAUCUUCUGCAAUUCCAUUGGCAAGAUUACAAUGACCACCAGUACAUCGAGGCGCUGCGGCUUCUGCAGCAGGACGAACGAGUUCAAAAUCUGGGGCUCUGCAACUUUGACACAGCGCGGCUCCAAGAAGUCAUAGACAACGGCAUCGCUGUUGUUACCAACCAAGUUCAAUUCUCCCUUAUCGAUGCAAGACCACGAUUUAAGAUGGGCGAGGUCUGUGCGCGGCACAAUGUGAAACUCCUCACAUAUGGCACUCUUUGUGGAGGCUUUCUUGCUGAGAAGUGGCUCGGCAAACCUGAGCCACAGCUGUUUGGUCCUGACUCGACACCUUCGCAAAGGAAGUACUUCGAGAUGAUUCAGACAUGGGGCGAUUGGGAUCUGUUUCAGAUCUUGUUGCAGAUUUUGAAGGCUAUAGCGAACAAGCACAAUGUCUGCAUCUCGAACGUCGCUACAAGGUGGGUUCUCGACUUCCCGUAUGUGGGUGCAGUCAUCAUUGGCGCGCGUAUGGGUGUUAGUGAGCAUACAGAAGAAAAUCUCAAGACGUACGGAUGGAGACUUGACGAGGAAGACCAGAGGAGCAUUGGAGAAGUCCUUGAGAAGAGCAGAAGGGAAGAGGUGUUUAAAGUCAUGGGCGAUUGCGGCAGUGAGUAUCGGUAA